CUUGACGACCUACACACUCACCUGCACCUUGGCUAUCACACCGCCGGUGCCUGUUUACAAGGCUGCCUCCCUCUGUGUGUGAGCUCCCUGAGGGCUGGACAAGGUGGAUGUGUCUCUGGAGCUCUCGUACAAUCCAGGAGGCCGGAGUGGAGGAGGCACUCAGAGACCAGAGGAACCGAUGGCUUCCAAGCAGUUUAAUAAUGAGGUCCUGAAGGCCCACAACGAGUACCGGCGGCAGCACGGCGUCCCCCCACUGAAGCUCUGCAAGAAGCUCAACCGGGAGGCUCAGCAGUAUUCAGAGGCCCUGGCCAGCACGAGGAUCCUCAAGCACAGCCCAGAGUCCAGUCGUGGCCAGUGCGGAGAGAACCUGGCAUGGGCCUCCUAUGAUCAGACAGGAAAGGAGGUGGCUGAUCGAUGGUACAGUGAAAUCAAGAACUACAACUUCCAGCAGCCUGGCUUCACCUCUGGGACUGGACACUUCACAGCCAUGGUGUGGAAGAAUACGAAGAAGAUGGGAGUGGGAAAGGCAUCCGCAAGUGACGGGUCUUCCUUCGUGGUGGCCCGAUACUUCCCUGCAGGGAAUGUCGUCAACCAGGGCUUCUUUGAAGAAAAUGUCCUGCCUCCAAGGAAGUGAUUCAUUAAAUGUAGUGGGAACGUGGCAGACUUAACACGGAUACGAAGUGCCUAGAACAACAAAAACUCAGCUGCGUGUCUGUCCCUGUGGGUGUAUGUGCUUGUGUGGGGGAUGCUUUUGAGUGUCUCUUGCACACACACUUGGAUAUACAGUUCUGUAUGAACUUAUUCUUGUGGAAAGGAAUGAGCCUAUUGAAAGCCUUUAACCCUGAUGGUUACCUAGACCACAAUUAUUUGGACUUAGGAGGAAAACGAAAAAUCAAUUUUAAAACUUUUUUUUUUCUAAGCAAACUUCUUUUGUACAUUUCUUAUAAUAUCCAUCCCUGGUCUUUUUCUAAUUCCAAAUGUUUGUGAUGUUUCAAGGUGAAGUUCAUUUUAUGUGAUCUUCAUGCAUUGUAAUCUACUUCUGGUAGAUAUUUAAGAUUAUUAAACCCUCUUCUAAAUGUAACAUAAAACUGCUUUAAACACAUAAAUAUAAAGCAGCUUCCAUUGGAAACAUGGGACAGGCAGGAACUGCCUUUCACAGAAUGAUCGAGAUUUCUCAGUUUUAAGACAUGAUGUCAUCUGCAUGCCUCCUGGAAUUCUCUGAUGGGAAUGCCAAAGAACAAAUGGAGAGAAAAGUUUCACUUCCUUGCAUUUUCUCCCUUUAAAUAGCAAAGUACCACUACUCACCACCGCCCUUGUCCCCCUCCCACCUUUUCUCUUAAAAUCCUCUGGCAUCUCAGAGCUCCAUAUGUGCCUCCCGGUUCCUGGGGCCUCGGGUCAGGCCGGAAAGCCACCCCUCCCCCACCUCAGCGAGGUGGCCCAGGGCCUGUUCUGGGAGAGAAAGCCCCUCACACUGCCUGGGCUCCCAGCCAAGCGACUGAAGGAUGAAGUCAGUGAGUGUGGGGGUGAGUGUGAGCUCACCAGGGCCCCCAGAGGAAGCCCUCCGGCCUCUGCCCUCCCCGGGCUCACAGGGCAGGAGCCACCGCCUGUUUCUGGCAGCUGCAGGGGCAGCUGUGCGGCUGCUCCCUCCAGGAAUGCGGGACAGGCCCAAAUGUUCCAGGGAGACAUCCCAUGGAGUGAGGGGGGGAGGGGAGCUUAGAGUUGCCAGUUUGGUUCUGUGUUUGGCCUCACACCAAACAAAGUUCCCCUGCAUAACGAUUUCACGUGGUCUGUGUAGGAGGACCCGAUCCAGAUGCCACGCUGGGUGUCACAGAAGCAGGACCUCUCUAAGCAGAGAGACAGCAGGCUGCUGCCUUAGAGACCCACUCGGAGCAGGCCAGUCAGGGAACUCGCUUCCUGAAGGUCGGGCUGCACUGUGAACGCAGCCUCGUGCUGUGCCCUUCCUUUCACCCAGGGAUAUUGACUAAGACAACAAUAAAAUCUCUUUUGUGUAAUA